AUGUCUUCGAACAACUUUCGCGUGGAAAAGGAUACAUUCGGUGACCUCCAGGUCCCUGCAGACAAGUCUCUGCAGAAUUUUGACAUUGGUGGACCCGCUGAGCGAUUACCCCUUCCCUUGAUAAAAGCGUUUGGUGUCUUGAAGAAGGCAGCUUCAGUCGUCAAUGUCGAAUAUGGACUGGACCGUAAAAUUGGCGAGGCUAUCCAGACCGCAGCCGACGAGGUGAUAUCUGGUAAAUUAGCGGAUCAUUUCCCUUUGGUUGUGUUCCAAACCGGAAGCGGAACCCAAAGCAAUAUGAACACCAACGAGGUUAUUUCCAACAGGGCCAUCGAAAUUCUUGGAGGCCAGCUUGGAUCUAAGACUCCCGUCCACCCCAAUGACCAUGUUAACAUGAGUCAAAGUAGUAACGAUUCCUUCCCUACCGUCAUGCACAUUGCUGUAGUAACGGAGAUCAGCAACAACUUGCUACCUGCUUUGACUGAACUCCACCAAGCUUUGCAAGAAAAGGCAAAGGCAUUUGAUCAUAUUAUCAAAAUUGGACGCACGCAUUUGCAGGAUGCUACCCCAUUAACGCUUGGUCAAGAAUUUAGUGGCUAUGUUCAACAAGUUGCCAAUGGCAUCGAACGUGUGAAAGACACGCUUCCAAGACUGCGAUGUCUUGCCCAGGGAGGAACCGCAGUUGGAACUGGCCUUAACACAAAAAAAGGAUUCGACGUCAAAGUUGCCGCUGAAAUUUCCAAAAUUACCGGCAUACAAUUUAUAACUGCUCCCAAUAAGUUUGAAGCCCUCGCUGCGCAUGACGCUCUUGUCGAAGCUCACGGCGCACUGAAUGUUGUGGCUUGUUCAUUGAUGAAAAUUGCCAACGAUAUCCGAUAUCUAGGCUCCGGCCCCCGUUGUGGACUAGGUGAAUUGAGCCUACCAGAAAAUGAACCCGGAAGCAGUAUUAUGCCGGGAAAAGUUAACCCUACUCAGUGCGAGGCCCUCACCAUGGUUGCAGCACAGGUGAUGGGUAAUCAGACUACUGUGAGCGUCGCCGGUGCUAGUGGACAAUUCGAGUUGAACGUAUUCAAACCUGUGAUUGCCAAAAAUGUGCUCCAAAGCAUUCGUUUGCUCGCGGAUGGGUCUCGAUCGUUUACAAAGAACUGUGUUGUUGGCAUUCAAGCGAACGAGAAGCGUAUCAACAACCUACUUAACGAGUCAUUGAUGCUUGCUACCAUUCUAAACAGUCAUCUAGGCUACGACAACGUAGCAAAAUGCGCCAAGAAGGCGCACAAAGAGGGAACGACACUGAAAGAGGCGACAGUGGCACUUGGAUUCCUGACGCCAGAGGAAUUCGACCAGAAAGUUCGACCGGAGUUGAUGUUGCACCCUGACAAUUAA